AUGCUUCUACUUCAAUAUUCCUCUGUCGUUUCGCUCUUACUAGUGCUGUCCUCCUUUUCAGGAGUGCUAGCAGCACCAGCUUCGGACAAGGUUGCCGACAUCGACCUUACCUAUGGAAUGGAUGGCAUCGUCCCUGUUCGAGACUCUGACGACUCUAAGAAGAGCGUCAAGGCCAAGAUCAGUGUCGACAAUGACUACAAAAUUCCUAACGAUCCGCAACCCAGGUACCAUAUCCUAGCUGCCGACACAAGUCUCGUGCAGCUUGGAGUUGAUCCAGUCGUCUGCCAUGACAAGGACAACAAGACCGAAGAGGAGGACGAUGAUGACUCCGAUGGUAACGAAAAGCGUAGCGUUUUUUACCAACUUUUCUCCAGAGCCAUCACCUCGGACCAGAAGGAGGCCCUUAGUCUCCACAACGCUGCUCGUAAGAAAGUCAAGGUCGCUGGCCUCAAGUGGGACACCAAACUUGAGGCUGAUGCCCUUGCCUAUGCAAAGAAAAUUGCAAAGGCUGGAAAGAUGGUUCAUUCCGAAGGCAAGACUCGUCCUGGCCAAGGCGAGAAUCUCGCAUAUGCUUGGUCCAGCGAUGGAUUCAAGAACCCCAUAACGGCAGGAACUAAGAGCUGGCUCAAUGAAAAGAAGAAGUACAAGGGAGAAAAGAUCCCCAAGGGUGAUUUCUCUAAUUACGGUCAUUACACCCAGUGCGUCUGGGAGAAGUCUACCAAGGUUGGUAUCGCGACAGCCAAAGAUAAGAAGGGUGCAUUUUAUACAGUAGCUCGAUACAGUGCUGCUGGUAAUGUCGUUGGCCAGAAGCCUUACUAG